AUGAACCCAAUCUUGAUCCUCUCUUUGCUUCCAAUCGCCCUCGCUGCUGAUAGGGAUGCGGAACUGAAUGCCCUUGUUGCAGACUUGGCUGGCCACAGUUCUGAAUACCUUCAACAAGUUGCUAGUGGCAACAUCCCACCAGCAGACCUUUUGGCUCUGGCUCAACAGGUGAAGACCUUCACGGACGACUCUUACACCACUCUUUACCCAGAGGUGGACAUGGGUGAGGUUAGUGCCUAUGUGACUGGUUUGCCAUGGUACUCGUCUCGUUUGGCUAGUAUUUUUGGUGCUGACGCAGCACCAGCUACUUCAACUGAAGAGGCACCAGUUGAGACCUCCUCAGCAGAGGAGACUUCUGUAGAGGAGACAUCUGCAGAGGAGACAUCUGCAGAAGAGACCACUGUCGUUGAGUCCACAGUUUCUACUGAGGAAACAUCCAGUGAGGUGCCUGCAGUUGAGACUGCUAACAAUGCUGUUGGCAUUUCUGCUUUGGGUCCAUUGGCUGCAGUUGUCAUGUUGGUCCCAGCUUUGUUGUGA